UAUAUUCGGACAUGUGUGUGUGAGCAGACAUUUUACGAUUUAUCAGGGAAACCGUGAGAACGGUUUAUAAUGGCUCCUAAUAAUUUGCCUGCGAAAGAGGUUUUAAAAGACGAAUUUUCUAUUUAUCCAGGAAAAUCCACGCCUUGUGAUGUUUACCUUUAUCAAAACUGUAUAGAAUAUUGCAGAAGAACGGGACAGAACAGUAAUCUUAACAAAAAAGUAUCAAUUGAAUUUGUGGAUGUUAUUGGGUGUCAUUGUUUUGAAGAUCGGGAUUUUAUUUUGAACAAGAAACGACCAAAAAACGAAGACAUUUCUACCGCUUUCUUUUGUUUAUAUCACUAUCCUCGAUGUAAUGAUGUACGUCAAAAACAGGUGGUUGUCUUCAGGGUUAAUAAGCAUGAAACAUUUGAGGAAAAUCUAACCAUUGCCAAAAAGUGGCGAACAGCAAUUUUACACAUUCUACGUGGUGCGACAUUACUUGGCGACGAAGAUGUCGAGAACUUGUCGGUUCCCAGACCACGUAAAAUGCUCGUGUUUGUGAAUCCAUACAGUGGGACGCGCAGAGCUGAACCAAUUUUCCACAAGAAGGUGGCUCCGCUUUUCGAUGAAGCUGAUAUAAAAUAUGAACUUGUUAUAACAGAACGUCAGUUCCAUGCAAAAAAGAUGGUUGAAGAGUUAGAAGAUUUAAAUUCCUACAAUGGCAUCGUAAUCAUAUCAGGUGAUGGCCUAGUCUAUGAGGUUUUAAAUGGUCUGAUGGCUCGUAAGGACCGUCACGAGGCUUUGAAGAUUCCAAUUGGUGUUGUACCGGGCGGCUCGGGCAACGCUCUAGCAGCAUGUGUACUUUCAGCAGAACAGGAUUCUUACCGCAAGAACGCUGUUUUACAUUCGGCCUUCACUAUUGCGAAAGGUGGUAAACAACCGAUGGAUUUAGUAAAAGUACAAACGCCCUCAGUUAGUAUGUAUUCAUUCCUCUGCAUAUCAUGGGCUAUGAUCUCGGACAUAGACAUCGAAAGCGAACGCUUUCGCUCCUUUGGUGCAGUACGAUUCUUGCUUGGUGCUAUAGUGCGGACCAUUUGCUUACGACGGUACCAGGGACGUUUGUCUUACCUCCCGGUUGAGGAUACCUCCCGUUAUGAGGAGCACUUUAGCAAGCCGCUACAACAAGUCGAAAAGGAUCUCAGUAGGCAGACGAAUCUCGGGCGUACUUGCAGUAAGAGUUUACCGGUGCUUGAUUCCGAACCCCGACUAAUAAAUAUCAGGCCAAUAGGUACUUCACCUUCAUUUCCAUCUUCAUUCCCGAACCAGUGCUCAAACUCCAACACGCUCCACAACUUCGUUGAAGAACAUGAUGUAAAUGAUGUAGAAAUGAGCAAUGUUAGUGAUAGUACAAAUUCAGUCAAACAUCAGCCAAACAUCAAAGACACCACUGACAAUUCCUCAACAAACAAUUCUAAUAAAACACUGCUAAGCCCACUAGACCAACCAGUGCCGUCAAAUUGGGUCACCAUCGAGGGCGAGUUUAUAGGAUUUUGUGCUGUCUAUACCUCUCACAUUAGCCAGGAUGCUUAUAUGUGGCCUGGUCGUAAAUCGGACGAGGGCGUCAUUUCGAUACAGUAUGUAAUGUCACCACUUUCAAGAGCUUCAAUUGCUUCCCUGCUUCUUGCAUUUGAAGAUGCAUCACACACACAGUCAGAUAACUUACGGACUGUGUUUGCGCAAGCAUUCCGCCUGGAAUCGUUGGAGCCAGAUCGGGGAAUUUUGACUAUUGACGGCGAGGCUUUAGAGAAGGGAACAAGUUGCAUUCAAGCUGAAGUUAUCCAGAGAAAGUUUCAGAUAAUUCGGCCUGGAAAUGGGACAAGCACAUCUUGACCAAUGAAGGUUUACAUUCUCCAAACAAAAUCUUGAUUGUUUUUACUGGUACUUCGCACAAACCUGGGAGUUGGAAAAAUUUAAGCACUGGAGUGGGGGGAGUGCUAAUCCCUUACCCCUAUAUGUUCCUCAGAAUUUUUGAAUAUAAGCUUUAUCCAAGCUUGUAAAAUUUUACAUGCUCAGAAAUCUGGGAAUAGAUCUAAAUCCUGUGAGUUUAAUACAGUAUGCUUUCAGAAGUGGCACUAGCUGGUGGUGGGGGAACUGGAGACCAGGGUUCACCCAUUGGGUGCCCCCACCCCUGUAUGUUCCUCACAAAAUUUUGAAUAUGGUAAGCUUGUAUAAUCCUGCUCACAAAACUGGGAAUAGAUUUAAACCCUGUGAGUUUUAUAUGCUCCUCCACAAAUAUAAGAAUAAAAAAACUUAUUAAGAAUUUCCUACUCGUACAAUUCUCUUAAAACUGAAAGCACAUAAAUGGGGCAUUGCACCGAAUUACACACCCUAACAAUGAUAAAAAUUAUAUAAUAAACUUUACUUUAUGAAUAUGGUACUUUACAAAAAAAUUAUAAUUUAUAAUAUUUCUUUGGUUUUAUUUUACUUAUGGUUAGUAUGUAUACAUGUUUUACUGCCUAGAAAAACGUUGCCCAAAUUCUUAGUCUGCUGUGUAUGAUAAUUAUUAUAAGAUUACC